CAUACUAACCACAGAAACCACAGAGCUCAGCUAUAAAGGUUACACAGAACAGGAAGCUAUUCACAUCUCACCAAGUUGUAUCAGAGAGCAAGAUUUCAGUGCAAAGCAAGAUUUCACAGUGCAAUCAGCAUGGACGAAGAGAAACUUGAAGAACAGGCCAGGCUGCCAGAGUACGACUCGGCCUCUACUCCAAAGAUGCGAGAGAUACAGGAGGAGAGUGCCUUUGACCUGUCGCAGAGUCCUAACCACAGCCUCACUCCAGAGGAGGAAUCUUACCUGAAACAGGACAUUGGUGACUCACCUCUCACCCCAACAACCGAGCCAUCCAGCCCAUAUCAGGACAUUGAUGACUCACCUCUCACCCCAAAAACCGAGCCAUCCAGCUUCUGCCGUCAAGACCCAUAUCAGGAGUACUCCAGGCUGCAAGAGUCCGACUCCACCCCUACUCCAAAGAAGAGAUGUUUGCGAGAGAUACAGGAGGAGGGUCGGUCGCAGAGUUCUAACCCUAACCUCAGUUCAGAGGAGGAUUCUGACCUGAAACAGGAGAGUGCCUUCGACCCGUGGCCGAGUUCUAACCACAGCCUCAGUUCAGAGGAGGAUUCUGACCUGAAACAGGAGGAGAGUGCCUUUGACCUCCUGUCGCAGAGUCCUACCCACAGCCUCACUCCAUAUGAAGAUUCAGAUGAAGAUUCUUGCCUGAAACAGGAGGAGGAAAUUGACGACAGCCUCUCUCAAAAAGACGCCACUGAUCUGGAGAAGGAGCAACAGGAGUCCGAUUUACAAUCAACUCCAAGACAAAGCAUACAAGUCACACCCAAACCAAGCCUGCACAAAAUGCAGGGAGCAGAGGGAUGCGCAAACACGGGACCGGAAAGGCUCACAGAACCGCACAGCUCAAAACCUGUGUAUACACCAAAAAGAACACGUCAGUAUACACGUCAGUAUGAAACAAAGGUAUUGAUGACUUCAACCGAUACCGAUACCGAUACCGGGUCAGACAGAGAAUCGGAGUACUUUCCAACACCACUACGACAGUUUAAAAUCAAGCUGCCCGCUUUACCAGAUAUUCCAAACAAUUGCACAAUCGCAGAGAUGCGACAGGUGGACAGCUUCAUUCAAAAGUUCAGCAGAGGCUGCAAAAGAACGGGCUGCCGUGGAGGGCUUAUUCCUGUUGAAGCGAGAACUCAGCAAAUGGGAGGAGCGGCACGAAUAAUCUAUAGAUGCAAGAGAUGCUCAAAGUAUUAUACUUUUGACAGUGCCAUUCUUCCGGAUCACCCCACAACCAGACAGAGCAAACUCAGCAGGGCACUACAGGUGGCCUUCAUUACAGCAGGAUGCACACAUGCAACAUACAAGAAGGUGCUUGAUAUCCUUGGCAUGGCGGCAGUGUCCUUUCCGACAUUCAUGCAAACUAUAAGGGAUAUGCACCCUGUAGUAGAAGAAAUGGUCGAGGAAAUGUGCUCAAGAGAGAAAGAAAGAAUGAAAAACAUGAGCCAGGAAGAACUCGGAUCAUGGACACGAGCUGUUACUACUGCCGAUGGUGCCUGGCACACGCGUGGUUUCUUUAGCAAAAAUUCCACAUUCACCGUACGAAACUACUUCAACGGAGCACUGCUAUAUUUUAUACAUCUGUGCCAAAAAGGCCGAGACCACAUCAUCGAAGAACCGCUGUACAAAGGCACAUCUAAGUCAACUGAAGGGUACAGUGCAACACAAUUGAUGAAUGUGGCACGCACAGAGGGUUUGAACAUUGAAGUCCACUGGCAAGAUGGUGACUCUUCUUCUAGCAAACGUGUCUUAAAAGCGUUUCCCGGUGCCAAAAUCAUGUUGUGCGGAGGUCAUGCUGCAAAGUCUCACCUCAAGCUACUGAUGGUUCGAGGCAAGCAAAAGAAGUUCACUGCCGCACUACAAAACAGGGAGAAACAUUUUUUUCCAGAAGUUGUUAAUGUCGAGUGUCACUGCAAAUCCAAAAAUUGUAAGGCAGGAUGCGGAUGUCUGACAGACGUGUUCUGCCAGCGUUCGAGAAAUAGCUUCUCCACCAUACUGUCGACCUGCGAGUCUGCCGCUGACUUCUCAAGACGACUCAGUCAUCUAACACACCACGUACAGGAUGAGCACCAAUGGGAGGAAGAACAAACAUGUGAAAAACACUAUCUAACCACCUGUAAAGAAUGCGAGUUCGAAUCUGACGGCGUGGUUGCUCGACAGUGUGACUUUCACCCCCUUACACUAUGUAACUGCGGCGAGUGUGCCGAUAAAAAUCACCACGAGUGUGAAGGGAAACUGUAUCGUACGAAAGAGGUAUUACGUUGCCCCUUUCACCUACUAGCAUACAAAAUUGAGUGCCUGACGAGAACAAAAAUGGCCGACAAGCUAGUCCACCCCAUCCUGAAGCGUGGCCACUCCAAUUGGCUCGAGAGUUCACACAGUGUUCUGAUACGAUUUAGACAAAAGCACGUAUUCUUAGAGAGGCUCCAUUACAUUGUCUCAACCAACCUCGGCCUAUUGCAAGCCAACAUGACACACGAGUAUCAACAACAGGGGGCUGACUAUCACUGGAAAACCGAGCUCUACAAAAAAAUGAAUCUACCAUUGUACGAAGGUGUACAAGAGGUGUUGUCCAAGCAAAAUCAACAGAGGAAGAAAGUACUUGAAGGAGUCAAAACAGAAAAGACCAAAAAACGACGAGUGCAGCUGAAGAAGCUAAGAGUGAUAGAUCGACAGCAACGCAUUGUCUGGACAGACCAACAUGGACGUGACACAUACGGAAAAAAAGCAACCAAGACUGCGUCCAGCCCUAAGAAGAAACAGAGCAAAGACCAGCCAAGAGCCAAGAAACGAGCCAAGAAAGACGCUCACAAGGAUGGACAGGAGGACAGCAGUAACAACUCAGACUACGCAAGUGAGGAGUUUGAUAUGGGCACGUUUGAAGAAGACAUCCUCAGUGGGUGCAUUUGCGGUGCUAAUGGAAGAGCUCACAAACGAUACUGUCCCAUGAACCCCCAAAACUACUAUCACAGGGAAAAGAAUCCCACCCGCCCUUACAACAAAAGGCUCAACCUGUCGCGCACUUUCGGUGAUGCACAUGCCAGAAUAAACUACGACGAUGUCCCAGACGAGCAUAAUGUUGUCACUCCUGAUGGUGAUGCACAUACCAAAAUAAACGACUCAGACGUAGAGUGUUACGACGGUGUCCCAGAUGAGCCUGAUGGUGAUGACUCAGACAUAGAGUGUUACGACGGUGUCCCAGACGAGCAUGAUGUUGUCACUCCUGAUGGUGAUGCACAUGUACCAAUGACUGACGUAGACAGUGACCAUGAGAUCCCAGACGAGCAUGUCAGUGCUCACAAACACAUCAGCGAACCACACAUCAACGAUCGAACCAAUGCAGCACAACCCGAACCACAAAUCAACGUAGACAAGACGGACAGGCUAGAAGUUGGCAUGUACGUUUAUCUUCACAGCAGUCGUUUUGGAGAGCAGCACCUUCUCUGUCGGAUUGCUAAAAAAGUAGGCAAUCUUUUUCGGUUGUAUUGUGGCGGUGGUAUUCUUAACGCAAGCUAUUCCCCAGAAGUGUUGACAAUUUCUUUGAGUAACAGUAACCACAGCCUUUCACUAGGGAAUUGGCGCGCUUCUCCAAAUAUCUCUUUGGCUGCUGCCGCCCUUGAAGCUGCCUGCCUUGCUAAGUGCAAGUGUGUCAUUCCCAAACCUGUCGUUGUAGACAUUUCCGAAGAUGAUGGCCCUACCACAGCUGCUACAAAUGAAAAAGUAUGGAUGGAGAACUGUUUAUACAAAUUAACCAUCGCAGAAAAGGAAGAGGUAGUAUCUUCUUGUGGUUGGCUCAAUGACAGGGUCAUCACUGCUGCUCAGCUAUUAAUGCUACAGCACUCUCCUUUGAUGAAGGGAUUGCAACCACCUACGCUUGCACAGCAUCAGGCCUUCGAUUGUCACAAGGAUCAGAUCUUUGUGCAAAUUAUCAUUGUUGGUAACAGUCACUGGUGUGUUGUAUCGAAUGUGGGCUGUGACGAAGGUACGGUGAAUGUGUAUGACACGAUCUUUGCUAGACCUUCGAAUAUCACCGUACGGGUUGUAUGUAGCCUUGUCUCCUGUUCAACGCCCACACUAUCCAUCAAUAUGAUGGAUGUUCAGAGGCAGUCAAAUGGAUCAGACUGUGGCGUGCUUGCGAUUGCUAUCGCUUUCGAACUCUGCUGCCAUAGAGAUCCAUGUAUCCAGAAAUUUGGCAACACAGUUUCUAUUCGAUCUCAUCUUGCCAGGUGCCUUGAAGACUGCAAGCUUACCACAUUUAGCACAGGAAUUCGUAGGUGCCGAAACAAGGUUAAAUUUUCAAAGCAGGUUGAAAUUGCUUGUUUAUGUCGAGAACCUAAAGAUAAAAAAUCGAUGGUGAAAUGCAAAAACUGUAAAGCCUGGUUCCACAAGCACUGUUGCAGGGAAACCACACAAGUUGUAGUUCCCUGGACCUGUACAUUUUGUAGAAACUAAUUGCUGUUGUUUUUUCCAUUAUUCUACGUACACG